CUGAGGAUACACUCCUUGAAGAACCAAGAAACCACCACCAUGAAGACCAGUUUCUGGAUCCUGACUGCACUCCUCGCCUUGGCGUGGGCUGACAUCGUAGUUGGUGCUGCUAUCUCUGAUGAGAACGACUACAACGAAAUCGACGAUGAUGACCUUUGUGAUGAGGGACCUCCCACCGAUAUCCUCAGACACUCAAAUUUGAGAUGUUCUUGCACCCAAAUCUACCUCGUCACGGCUGACGACACACCCGGUUACAACAGGCUGUUCAGGAAAAUUGAAAAAAUACCUGCAUGCCGAGAGUGUACCAAAAUAAGGCGAACGUUCAACGGAGUUCUCAAAUUCGCUUCACUCGAUACCUCAGAGGAGUGCGCUAUAAAGCUGGCUAAGAAGGGGUACUUGGUGGAAGAGAAUUCGAUACAAGAAACCGGCGGUUCUCAGCCAAACCAACCCGUCAAGAUGCAGAAACGAACCUACCCCGGUAAUCCGUCCACCAACAGUUACUCCAGAAACAAUGCCUCUGAUGUGACCAUAUUCAUCCUUGAUACUGGAGUGAUGCCUACUCAUGAUGAGUUCCAGUACAUGGGCAAUAGCAGGAUUAUAUUUCAUAACGAUACCAUAACACCAGAAACACCAAUUACGUUCGAUAUGAACGGCCAUGGAACCCGCUGCGCCAGCGUGGCCGUUGGCUAUCAUAUCGGAAUAGCUCGAAACGCCACCAUAAGGAGCAUUCGGGUAGCCGAUGCGACGGGCUCUGCCAAUGCUGAUGACGUCAUUGCAGGUGUCAACAACGUACAGGAAUGGUGGAACAGCAACAGUGAUAAGAAAUGUGUCGUGUCCUACUCCAUGUCGUCCAAUACGAAUACUGCGACUAUCAACUAUGCGUUCGGGAACCUCACCCUGAAUACAGACUGUGUGGUAGUCGUAGCUGCGGGAAACCAGGGUUCAAACAUCCUUACUGCUGACGCAUGCGAUUACUCUCCUUCUACGGUACCUGAGGUAAUAACAGUCGGAGGGUCCAAACAAAUUAAGAUAGACGGUGUUAAGAUCGAGCGUCGUUUCGAUAUAUCGAACUACGGUCCAUGUGUCGACAUAUACGCCCCUGGGAAAGCAAUCGAUGUGGCUGCCCCACCCCCACUGAAUAUGCUUGGCUCCACCUCCUACUACGCAAGAUCAAGCGGCACUUCAUUUGCUACUCCUGCAGUGGCAGGUGCUGCGGCCAUGAUCCUCUCCACCACAACCCUCAAUCCUACUGGUACUGAGACGAUGACCAGUCUGGUUCUGGACAUCCUUGAAAACACAAAGGGACUCCUCGACGGUCUACCCACCAGUGGCACGCUUCAAUCUAAUAAUGUCCUGCUAAAAAUUGAUGACAAUACCUACUACCAGUAAACCCGGCCAAUGAUUCGUAGUGGAUGUUGCAAGAAAAUUUUUUCAAUCAAUUACGAAUUACAAUUGUAAAUUUAUAAACGAUCGAUCAACUAACGAUUAAAGAAAUCGAUGUAAACCUGUUGAUACAC